UACAUCCGGGGUAUCCUGUCUCGUUUCCAUGAUCAACAAACAACUUGCAACGAAUGUCGACGAUACUUAACUUGUCAAACACUGAGAUUGAGCUGAGACUGGUUUUUACCUGAAGAAUUUACUAAAUUCUCGAUUUUCGGACUGUAAACAAACAUGCCUCCCAAGAAGAAGAGUGCAAAGAAAGGCAAGAAGAAGAAGUCGGCCAAGGCCAAGACACCCACCGUCAUAGAUGGCAUCUCAACAGAAGAAAUGUCCAAAGAGCAGCUGGAGGAGCACAUUGGCCGACUCAGGGAGGAACUGGACAGAGAGAGGGAGGAACGAAACUACUUCCAACUGGAACGAGAUAAGGUCAAUACGUUCUGGGAGAUUACUAAGAGACAGCUGGAUGAGUUACGGGCAGAGCUGAGGAACAAAGACAGAGAGAUGGAAGAUGCUGAAGAAAGACAUCAAGUUGAAAUCAAGGUAUACAAGCAAAAGGUGAAACAUCUGCUGUACGAGCACCAAAACAAUAUCUCAGAACUCAAGGCUGAGAGCUCAGUGGCUCUGAAACUUGCUCAGGAUGACCACAGGGGUCAGGAAGGAGACUUGAGGAAAGACAAGCGUUCCUUGAAGGUUACACUGAAAGAACAAGAGCUGUCACAUGAAGAUAUUAUCAAGAACCUCAAGAUGAAAAGUGAUGAGAAGGUGACCAAUUUGAGAGCAGAGUUUGAGAGGGAAGCCAGAGAAAUUGAAAACAAAUACGAGCAGAAAAUGCGUCAACUUCGAGAAGAACUCGAGCUCAGAAGAAAGACGGAAAUCCAUGAGAUCGAGGAACGGAAGAACAGCCAGAUCAAUACGCUAAUGCGUAACCAUGAAAGAGCAUUUAGUGAUAUCAAGAAUUAUUACAACGAUAUCACACUCAACAAUCUAGCUCUCAUCAACUCACUCAAGGAGCAAGUUGAAGAAAUGAAGAAGAAGGAAGAGAGGAUGGAGAAGCAGAUGAAUGAAAUCCAGCUGGAGAACAAACGUCUGAAGGAACCACUUGAGAAAGCAAAGGAUGAAGUAGCCGAGUUGACAAGACAACUGGCCAACUAUGAGAAAGACAAAGCUUCACUUGCUAGUGCUAAAGCCAGACUGAAAGUGAUGACCCAAGAGUUCAAGGACUUGGAAUGGGAGCAUGAAGUACUGGAGCAGAGAUUUGAAAAGAUGCAGACAGAACGAGACGACCUGUAUCGCAAGUUUGUCAAAGCCAUCCACGAGGUACAACAAAAGAGCAAUUUCAAGAAUCUUCUGCUUGAGAAGAAACUGACUGCUCUGACAGACACAUUGGAGAAGAAAGAAGCUCAGUUGAAUGAGGUGCUGUCUGCCUCCAACCUGGACCCCACGGCACUAACAGUGGUGACUAGGAAGUUAGAGGAUGUCCUAGAUUCCAAGAACAGUGCCAUCAAAGAUCUCCAGUAUGAGCUUGCCCGUGUUUGCAAGGCUCAUAACGAUCUUCUACGGACCUAUGAGGCCAAGCUGACAUCGUUUGGUGUUCCAACCGAAGAGCUCGGUUUCAAGCCCUUGGAGAGUACAGUAGGAGGUCAACAGCUUGGCCAGGGCCCUGCAGGAUUAGUAGCUGCUCCAACAUAAACUCUGUUCUUAGGGGGUUAGUCUUGCAUGCAGAGUGGAUGUUUAUAAUAAAGCUAUAUUAAAUUACUAGAGCGCUAACUCGAUGUACAAAGUAAUGCCUGCUGGGCGCAUCCAUGUUUGUGCACAAACCUAUGGAAAACUCAAACUUUUGUACUGCUUUUGUACAGCUAUUUGCAUAUCUGCGUUUGUAUUCCAUACCGGUGCGUCAUCGAAGCCGAUACGUACGCCCAAGGCCAAAACUGAAACACACGAUUAUCAAAAUGAAC